AUGGGCAUCAUAGUGACACUGGGUGAUGCAUACUGCUUUUCUAAAAUGAACAAGCCAGGGGAGGCCACCAAAGGCUGUGUCCUGGAUGGAAAACUAUACCCUUUUGGAGAGAUUGCAAGGACAGAUAAUUGCUUCAGAUGCAGCUGCAGCCAAGAUGCAAUGCGUUGCUGCUCCCUCUUCCAUACUCCUACUGGUUACGACAAAGAGAACUGUAAAGUUGUUUUCAACAAGAAAAGCUGCAACUAUGAUGUGGUGCAGAAGAGUGAUCCCUCAAAGGAGUGCUUUGUCUAUUCUCGUGUGGGCUAA